CAUCGGACUAUAAUUGGCCUCUUCAUAACACGGACCCGUUUACUUUGCAGACUAUUGACUGAUUUGCAACACAUUGCAGAUUAUAUUUUCCCUGGGAUUGGCAAUACCAGUGUCGGAUUGUGUGUAAAUGAGGUUGGUGAUAGAAUAUCGGAAAACUUUAAUGCGGUGAUAGCAGCUUAAGUCCCGGUGUAGGAUGCAUCUGAAGCCAGCUUCGACUUCCGCCUUAUAGAAAAGUCUAACACAGCCUUCGAAAGUCAUUAACAACGGGUCCAUUUAUGGGUCCAACGAGGGAGAAUCCACGUUAAGCAGAGGCGGUACUAGUGUAAAUCAACCAGCAGCUGAGAAGGCCACUGGGUGUUAUUUAGAUCUCCCGUGAGAGGGAAUGUACCAAUGCACACCUGGCGGAGAUGCGGGCAGGUAUCGACAACUCUUUAACAUGCAGUAUAAACACACGUGGUCCAUGUGAUCGGGAGCGUCACCUGUGUUGCGUGUAGUGAUAACUGCUACUUCAUCGGCGUCCAAUAGCAAACACUAUCAUCAUCGAUUAUGUCUGUGAUGCCUCUUUAUCAGUAGUGGGAGUGGAAUGAGGCGUGUGAAUGGUGCACAGGGGGAUUGCAUCACACGCGGAGGUAUAAGUCCACAUCCGUGAGCAUUUCGACGAAAAUGCCAUCAGAGAUGAAAGGUUAUGUUUUGUUUUGUUAUUCCGGAUCCUUAUUUACUACAAGAUUUCUCUAUAAAGCUUGACUUGCAUUAUGGAAAACAUGAAUGGACUGCAGCGGUGAUAGGGAACUAUCCUUGGAAGUACUCUGGAGAUACGCUUUAAUAGAGAACUAACUCCGGGUGUACGGCGAGGAUACCAUUAAGAGAGCACCAUCGCUACAUGUGAUAUGAAGAUACGACAAAAUAGAAAAGAAUCAUUGGACAAUUGUGUAGAUACGACACAACAGAAAAGAAUCACUGGAUAUACUGUGAAGAUAGACCAUAACAGACAAGAAAGUUUGGAUAUACUGUGAAGGUAGACCAUAACAGACAAGAAAGUUUGGAUAAACUGUGACGAUAGACCAUAACAGAAAAGAAAGUUUGGAUAAACUGUGACGAUAGACCAUAACAUAAAAGAAUCUUUGUAUAUACUGUGAAGGUAGGCCAUAACAGAAAAUAAUCUUUGGGUGUACCGUGAAGGUAGGCCAUAACAGAAAAUAAUCUUUGGAUGUACUGUGAACUUUACGCCAUCACAGAAAAUAAUCUUUGGGUGUACUGUGAAGGUAGGCCAUAACAGAAAAUAAUCUUUGGAUGUACCGUGAAGGUAGGCCAUAACAGAAAAUAAUCUUUGGAUGUACUGUGAAAAUACGACACAGCAGAGGUAUCAUUGGAUGUACUGACAGAUGGUUUAAUUCACCUUUCAGUGGCGUUCUGAACAUGAGAUUGACCGUAGAUACUGGUGAUCUGUAUUCAGAUUGUGCGCGCUGACACUAGCUUCCGACUCUACAAUGAGCCUCGAUGAACGCCUGUUCUGUGACGACAAAAACAGCACGACGACGACAACCGAUUCUGUCAGCAAGUCCAUCGUCGUAGCGUUGAUAUCCGCGGCCAUCAUAGGCGGUAACGUCAUAUGUCUUAUUGUACUGAAUUCACGUUGCACACGAGGGUACUUCAUGGAGUCGGCCCGUAUGUUGAUGACGUCGUUGGCGUGCACCGACUGUACGAUGGGGUUGACGGUGACGGCGUUAUGCAUCUACCCCGCUUUAUACAAUUGCUGGCCGUACGGCAAAACGGUGUGCAAGCUACAAGCGUUGUGUAUUUCUAGCCUAUUCCAUGAGUCGACGUUGUCCUUGACCUUGGUUGCUGUUGACCGAUAUAUAUCAAUAUUUCACCCCUUGCGUUAUCGCUUGCUGGUGACGCGUCACAAGGUCAUCGCCGCCAUCGUUGUCAGCUGGAUGAUCUGUUUUACUGUCUAUGGAACGACUGUGUUUGGUUUUGAUCAGUUUUAUUACGACGACAUCGGAAUCAACUGUGAACCAUUUUAUCAAAACCCGUCCAUCACGGCAACUGUUAUGUCGUUAUUCUACUUCAUCCCCGCCGUCAUCAUGCUGGUGUGCUAUCUCCGGAUAUUGACAGUUGCUACGCAACAGAAGCCAGGGGGCGCAACCCAGGCUGGGAAACAGUCUCGUCCUGCUCUUGAGAUGAGGAAACAUUAUGGCCGCUGUUCCCAGGAAUCGUUGAAGACAAGCAUCCAUGCUGCUUCAAUGGGUUCCCGAAGGUCUCUCAAUCUGAAGGCAGCCAAGACUCUUGGCCUCAUCACCAUCGGGUUCUUCGUUGCCGUUACACCCUGGACUGUGACACAGUUGGUAAUGGCGCUGGGAGACGUAAAGGUCCACCCUCUCCUGGACUUCUCGGUCACAUGGUUAGCGCUAAGCAACAGCUUCUGGAACGUCAUCAUCUACUGUGUGACCAGUACAUCCUUCCGACUGGCUGCUGGGAGACUCUUUUCCCGCAAACAGACUGAAGCGCGUCGCUGUGCCAUACACCAGCCCAGGGUGGAGUUGCUUGCGACUCGGAGUACAAUGCUUGAUUCUUUGGAGCAUAUUGCAUGCAAUGGAAACACCCAAGAGGAGUGGAGGGGUAAGAAUGGUGUGCACGUGAACGGUUACGGACGUUGCAACCCCGACAGUUGUAACAACGGUUCAGAUUCGUGGCGGCGGACUCAAAGACCUAGCUGUUCCGCUGUGCAUCAGUGUAAAAGAUUACACUCAGAAGUUCCCCACAGUGUUAACCAUUCCUGCCAUGGAUGUGACCAUGAUGUGAUAUUUCCAUUCGAGGAGGACAUUGUGUCACAGGACAGUUUCCAUCUGUCGAGGUCACAUAGAAGGAAGUCCUCAAGGCUACAAGACUGCCUUUGUAACAGGACUGAAUCGGCGCCAAACAUUCCGGAAAUCGAGGUGUUUCCCCUCGACUCCAUAACCAAGACGGGACACUCUGGAAUCAACGUGUGCAGCAGCGACAGCAGCGGUUCCGACACCAUUGUACAGUCCGACUAGUGCCAUCCUAGACCAUUCAUAAGGAAUAUGGAACGUCCACACAUUUGUGUCACUGUCACAGUGGUAUACACCUUCGUUUGGACUGUUGUGUAAGGAUAUGACCAAUCUCUUGUGAUAUCAAACUGUUUCUCUGUGCCUGAAUUUGCAUGGAGAGAUGUCAUAAAGUGGAGGAACCUGAAUAAAUGACACUUUUGUGUGCAUAGCAAAUUGUUUUUUCUUUGUACGACAUUUCAGCUUCUUCUUGCUAUCCAUAAAAAUGUAUCAUUUAUUCGUGUUUUCUCAACUUCUAAAUGCCUAGUAUCAAAGACUGGAGAACAAUCAUGUCUGACUUUGAAUUCUGUUAAUAUGGAUGAAACAGGGUAAUGUAAUAGAUGAUCAAAAGUGGAUGAUGAAAUGACGCAAUUGGAUGUAUCACAAUGGUGCCAAGUCGAUAGCUCAAUACAUUCAUUUCUGUGAACAGUCAGUUAUAUAUUCUGUUAUAAACAAAAUGGCGUAUCAUUUUAUUACCAAGAUGUCACCAUCGACUAGCAACCGCUGGAGCAUAGCAUCACUCGAGCAAGGACAGGUAAACCGCUACCUUCUGACAAAUCAUGUGUUGCUGGAGACAGGCGGGGGUAAAGAGUAGUUUCAGGUGUUAUUAACUGAUAAGGGUACUUAAGCUGUCGACAUCAGAUCUAUGGUUGAAUGCAUACAGACGGAGAUACACAAGGAGGUGUGUGUGAAAUUAGAGGUUAUAUUUAAUCAUUGUUUGUCAGCACGCACUGUCGUUUUUAACCUCUAGGUUGUCCUCCAGCAACAACUGUACCGUGCCCACACGUUGUCACUCUGUACAUGCCCGUGUUGAGAGAGGAACAAUGGAUGUUACGUAAGUCCAUGUGAAGUAUGUCUUUUCAGCCUGGGUAAAGAAUGCACACGAUUGCCAUUAAUGUUAUGUUCGUUUUUUAUGAAGUUGUAAAGAUGACAUAUAAAUUAAAUCCAUUACAUACAUUGAGUAUAAACCUAUAAUCGCCAACAGCUGAUUUCUUCAAAUAUUCUUCUUAAUUCUCAAUUUCAUACACCUAUAUAGAGAAAUAUGACCCUGAAGGGGUGAUAACUGCCGUUUUGCAUUAUGAAGGUCAAUGCUCUAGACAAUCGAUUUAUGGUUUUAAGUCAUACGUUGAGACUGUAGUUAGUGAUUCAAAAUAAUGAAUUUGAUAUCUUAAGUUUUACUUGUACAUAAAACAUUGUACAUAAAAGAUAUUCUGAGAUGAGGGCCCGUGAAAUGGUCUGCUUGUUACAAUCUUGAUCGACCUACUGUGAUAGUCAUGACAGCAGGGGGCGGUAUCAAGAUUAAAUAAGCAAAUUCAUACAUGGUUAUAUCAGAGACAAACACCAUGAUACCAAAAAAGUUUACACUUUUUAUUUAUUUUCUAGAUAGUAUUACAUAUUUUAGACAACGUGACAGUUAUGUUUUAUAUAGUUUAUGAGAAUUCUACCAGGGCCAUCACGCACACUGACUGAGUGAAGGUUAAAAGCCGCGCUGAAAGGCAUUUCGGUUUUUUGCGGCGUGUUAGCUUUACGUGGGGGAAACGUGACGCAAAUAAGAGAUGUUUGGUGUUUGUUUGUUUGUAUGUUUGUAUUUUGCUAACGCCACACUCAACAAUAUUCCAGCUGUAUGACGGCGGUCUGUAAAUAAUCGAGUCUGGACCAGACAAUCCAGUGACUGACAUCAAG